UGACCGCCAGAUUAAUAAUAGUAAUAUACAGAAGAAAGCGAGAGAGAGGGAGCUUCUUUGCAGGCUGCAGCUAAACUUCAAUUAUUUCCUUUGUGUCUCUCUCUCGGAACAAAUAAUCAAAAUCCACUUAUCAAUAGAACUUAAUCAGGGUUAUCGACGAGGAGAGGUAGCGGAUUUUUGGAUGGUCCAACAAUUUACCGCAAUUUGUUUGUGAAUUACGAUAGUCUUGUGUGGAGUGUAGUUGCUAUCUGAUGCUUAGCUGCAUUAUGAUCUUGUGCUACUAGUAUCACUUCACAACCUCUUCAAUGAUGGCUGUUGCUGGUUCCCUGAGAUUGUCUUAUGAAUUGGGAACUCAUAAGAAACGUGGUUUCACUUGCCAAUCCGAGGGUUUGUUUGGAAAAGGCCGGUUACGCGUAUCACCUUUUUUCCUUUCGUCUCGUGGUUCGCAACUUGAUGCUUUGAGUCUUCAUCUCUCUGGAAAUGUACAGCGGCCAAUUAGUUAUGUCACUUCUAGAUACGACAUUGUCAAGUGCCGUUCUUUCCUAAUACCUGCUCAAGCAAAUGAAAUACCUAUUCUCAAAACUGCCAUCUCAACUGCAACAAGAUCAUACAAUGCUUUUUGUGGAAGUCCUCUCCUCCUCAAGGUGGUCUCAGCAGUCAGUAUCCUAGCUUUCACUGUAUGGGGCCUGGCACCACUUAUGCGUCUCAGCAGGAACUUGUUUCUUCAUAAGAGUGAUAACACCAAUAAUUGGAAAAAAAGCCAAACACAUUAUGUGAUGACUUCAUAUCUCCAACCUUUACUUUUGUGGACAGGGGCCUCCCUUAUCUGCGGGGCACUGGAUCCCAUAAUUUUACCUUCAGAAGCUAGCCAGGCUGUUAAACAUCGCCUUUUGAUUUUCGUGAGAUCCUUGUCAACUGUACUGGCAUUCGCUUAUUGUUUAUCAAGCUUGAUACAACAAGCCCAGAAAUUCUUUAUGGAGGCAGUUGACUCCAACGAUACAAGAAAUAUGGGUUUUCAAUUUGCUGGAAAAGCUAUUUAUACUGCAGUCUGGGUAGCAGCUGUUUCAUUGUUCAUGGAGUUGCUUGGGUUCUCUACACAGAAAUGGCUUACUGCAGGAGGUCUUGGAACAGUACUUCUGACUCUUGCUGGACGUGAGAUAUUCACAAACUUCCUAUCAAGUGCAAUGAUUCAUGCAACACGACCCUUUAUCACAAAUGAAUGGAUCCAAACAAAGAUUGAAGGCUAUGAAGUUUCCGGUACUGUUGAGCAUGUAGGUUGGUGGUCACCAACAAUCAUAAGAGGUGAAGAUCGUGAAGCAGUUCACAUUCCAAAUCACAAGUUUACAGUGAAUGUUGUAAGGAAUCUUACACAGAAGACUCAUUGGCGUAUCAAGACACACCUUGCCAUCAGCCACUUGGAUGUCAAUAAGAUUAACAAUAUUGUAGCAGAUAUGCGCAAAGUCCUGGCAAAAAAUCCUCAAGUAGAGCAGCAGAAGUUGCACAGAAGAGUGUUUUUGGAAAACAUAGAUCCAGAAAACCAAGCACUUUUGAUUUUAAUAUCUUGCUUUGUGAAGACCUCCCAUCAUGAAGAAUACCUGUGUGUCAAGGAAGCUAUUUUGUUGGAUCUCCUCAGAGUCAUCAGCCAUCAUCGUGCACGUCUUGCCACUCCAAUUCGUACUGUUCAGAAAAUAUACAACGACCCUGACAUGGAAAAUAUACCAUUUGCUGAGACCAUCUAUGCUAGGCCUAGAGCUGGUAGGAACCGUCCAUUUCUGCUGAUUGAGCCUUCGUACAAAAUUAAUGGAGAUGAAAAAUCAAAAUCUCAACCUCGUUCAGCACGCAAGAACGAAGAACAAGAUACUAAGGUCUCAUCAUCUGAUGUCCUGGCAGAUGUCAAGGAUGCAGAGAAAUCACUCGAAUCAAAGACAGAUAAUAAAGUAACAUCUGACUCCAAAGCAGGUCCACAGGCUGUUGCGUCAUCAUCUGAUUUGAAGGCGGGCACGAAGGUUGAUUUGACAACAUCAGUAUCUGAUCCCAAAGCUGAUGCCAAGGGGCCAGAAAGGUCAACGUCUGACACAAAGGGACCGAGUCCAAUUUCUGAUGGUUCCGCACAGAAAAACCCUGAGAAGAAACAUAAGAAGGGUACUUCAGGAGACGUUCGGCAGAAGAACAGUAAUGCUGACACUACGCCGACAAUAUCUGCAUCCUCUACACUCAAGAAACAACUCCAAGUCUUGGACUCAUUGGCGCAAAGUUCUUCUGAUGCUACCCGAGUAAAAGCAGCUUCUGAUAACUCCCCAGCGUCUGAACUGGGUAGUGUAAAAACAGAAGGAAGUCCAGCUAUGGCACACACAAAACAGGAAAAUGAGAGGCCUCGACCUGCCAUGGAAGAUAACAUUGUUCUUGGUGUUGCUUUAGAUGGCUCAAAGCGAACCCUCCCAAUUGAGGAAGAGGAAGGCCCAAACGUUCCCUCAUCUACUCCAGGGGAGGCUAAGGAAUUGGCAGCAUGCCAUAAUGGAAAUGGGUCUUCCUCAGCCACCAAAGACCAGAAGGGUCAUUUUCCAUCUGUUCCUGGUGCCAUGUUAGCUGAUCAUCAGCGGGAUCCUGAGAAGUGAAGAAGUACAGGUGGUCUAAAUCUGUGUGUUCUCUAAUGGUUUCAAUCUAGUUGGUAGGAACGCAUGAAACCACACUUUUCUUAGCUGGUUUGAUGCUUUGUACAUGUUACCCGUUCCCACCCUUGAAACUAUCGUACUCCAAAUGAAAGAAAAAGAGGCUGAAAUCUGUCAGAUGUAGGAUUGGCUUUUACAUUAUCAAAUAUAUAUGUAUCCAGUUAUUUUACUGGAUUUCUCUAAGUCGGGUGUUCUUUUUUCCGUCUGUUUA